AUGGGUUAUUUGAACAUCAUUGAACCUCAACAUACCGGGCUUGUUCCAGGCACUGUACUUCUGGACGACGAGGCAGAAACCCAACGCGACUUCACAAGUGCCUUGAAACAUGUGCCUGGAAAGCAUGGCAAUAUCAUUCUCUCGCCGCAGCCGGACGACGAUCCAAACAACCCGCUGAACUUUUCACAGAGGAAGAAAUUGCUGAUCAUGGCCGUGAUCUGCUUUGGAGUCUGCAUCCACGGCUGUACUGUCAGCCCACUUCUCAAUGCUGGCCUUGUCGAGAUUGCCGAUGAACUGGAUACCUCGGUAGCACUCGUUGUACAAUCAAGCGGAUAUCAACUGCUAGUUGUGGCCUUGAUGGUCUUUUUCGUGAAUUCAUUUGCACGGAAAUGGGGGAAGCGUCCCACAUUCCUCCUCUCCUCUCUCAUUGGUAUUGUGGGCAGCAUUAUCGGGGCCACCUCUCAAAAUUACGGCAAUCUUUUGACAGCACGCAUCAUUCAAGGCUUCGGAGUGAGCGCCUAUGAAGCACUUGGGCUAGCCGUGGUUGGCGACCUGUUUUUUGUACACGAACGUGGCUUAUACACUGGAAUUCUCAGUUUCGUGUUGGGCGGCGUGUCGAAUUUCAGUUCCGUCGUUUGCGGUCCUGUCACCAUUCAGCUUGGCUGGAAGUGGCUGUUCUAUCUCCUCAUCAUCUUUGAAACCGUUCAUCUCGUGCUGCAAUUCUUGUUUGUUCCCGAAACCCAACAUCGCCGAGCAACGCCAAUCUUGCCCCCGAUCGCACCUUCGCCAAAAGAAAGCUGCGUCUCCAUUGAGGAUGUCGAGGACAUUCGCCCUAUAUUCCCACCCAAAGCCCCCUGGGUCCACGAGCUGCGGGUAUACAACGGGACCUACUCUUCAGAGAACUUCUUUACGUUACUCUGCAUGCCUAUCCUGGCCUGUCUCAACCUAUCCGUUCUCUGGUCCGUCAUUGUGUCUGGGUACUUUCUCAGCAUAUACGUGGCCACUGCCUAUCUACUUUCUCCAGUCUUCACUGCCGCCCCCUACUUCCUCACUGCCAGUGGUGUUGGAUACCUCUCUCUGGCCCCAUUUCUUGGCGGAGGGGUGGCCUUUGUUGUAGCAAGUCUCACCGGCGACAUGAUAGUGCGGAAAUGUUCCCAGAACAACAAAGGCUAUUUCGAGCCGGAAUAUCGCCUACUUCUUGGUGCAGGUGGCAUCCUAGCAGUCCCGGGAUUUGUCGGGUUUGGAUAUGCCGCUCAAACUGGGCAAUCUUACUAUCUUACCGCGUUCCUACAUGGGCUAGGCUUGUGUGGGAUAAUGUUCGUUCUAAUUUCCGCAGCCAACUACUCACUGGACGCUUUUCGACCAAUGCGAACAGAGAUCUUCCUCUGCUCCAUGUCCUGUAAGAAUCUCUUUAUCUUCAUAUAUUCGUACUUUAUUAAUGACUGGGCUGUGCGUGCUGGGACAUUCCAAGUCAUGUGGGCUCUCUGCGCUGUUUCAGUCGGAGUCCUGUCCACUUAUCCCCUCGUUUUUCUCUUUGGCAAAAAAUACCGCUCUCACUGGGCCCAAAGCCAAGUUGCUAUGAAGGUUGCUGACCUGACGUUCGAUGAGGGUGAUGUGAGAGAGGCGCGGAUAAGCCGGGAGUGA